ACCACUCCGCACCACUCCAUCGCUUUGACUCCGGGCAGCCGCGCACCUGGGCCUGCGCCAGCUCUUGGAUACGAGCCCUCGCCACGGCGCUGAUCCGUCUGCGUGCAGCACGCUGCGACUGCGCGUCCGCCUGCCUCUCUCGCCUGCCCACACACCUCUCGCCCGCGUCCUCCAGCCCUCACCGCCGGCCAUGUCGGGCCCUCUCUCGCCCAUCGAGGCAUCAACACCGCCGUCCUCCAUGCUGGCAGCCGCCGAUGCCGAGAUGUCCGGCGGCGCUGCGGCCGCUGACGGCAGCAGCGCCGACGUCGCGGCCGAGCUCGAGCGCGUCAAGGAGCAGCGCGACUGGUUCGAGUCGCAGUACCAGAACCUGCUCGCCAAGCUCACGACGAUGCGCAACACGCUUGGCGAGCGGCUGCGGAACGAUGCUGAAGAGCUCGACCGCAGAGAAACUCAGAUCGAGACUCUGCAGGCCCAGCUGGCCGAGCAUGCCACGACCUCGUCGACGUUGCAGUCCGAGCUCGUCGCUUCGCAUGCCGAUGUGGAGCGUCUGCAGACGUCGCUCGAUGCGCUGCGUGCUGCUCCAGCAGCUCCAGACCGCACACGCGAGCUCUCCGAGUCGCUCGAGCGGCUACGCAUCGAGUCCGAGUCGUUCAAGACGUCCUACGAGGAGGAGCGCGUGCUGCGGGAGGAGGAGGAGCGGCGGCGAGAGGAGGAGGCGCGCCGGAGAGAAGAAGCAGAGGAGCGCGAGCGGCACUGGCGUGAGAAGUUCGCGCGGGAAGAGGAUGUCGCACGGGAGCUGGGAGAGGUGCUCGAAGAGUUCCAGAAUGCGCAAGAGACCGAGCUGCAACGAGCGCUCGGCGACUACCAGGAGAAGUACGACCAGGUCGCGUCUGCGCUCGAGGAGCACAAGGAGCGAUGUCAAGUCGCCGAGGCAACGCUGUCAGACUACAAGGAGGGAGCGGAGCGAUGCAAAGCGUUGGAGAAGGAGGUAAAGGAGAAGAACCUGCUCGUCGGCAAGCUGCGGCAUGAGGCGGUGAUCCUGAAUGAGCACCUCACCGAGGCGCUUCGGCGGCUACGCACGGACACGUCGGACACCAAUGUGGACCGGCGCCUUGUCACCAAUCUCCUGCUGCAGUUCCUCACCACGCCGCGCGCAGACGCCAAGCGCUUCGAGAUGCUCUCGCUGAUCGCGUCGGUGCUGGACUUCACCGAGGAGCAGCGAGAGACGGCAGGGCUGCAGAGAGGCGGCAAUGCGACGUCGUCGUGGCGGGGCAAGGGCCGCGCCGGCGCGCAGCAGGGUGCACAGUCACCACAGGCUGUGGGCGACGAGUCAUUCUCGAAUCUCUUCGUCGAGUUCCUGCUGUCUGAAGCACAGCAAAAGCCGCCGCCAUCACCCGAAGCGACCGCGCCGUCAAGUCCCCAGAGCGCCGCGCCGCGCUCGUCGUUCAACCUCGGCAGUCUGGCGUCGCUACGGCGAGCGAGCUCGGAUCUGCUGCGCAACGGCACCGGCUCAAGCAACGGCACGUCGCCGGGGAAUGGUCCGCUCAGCCCGCCGCUUGGCAAGGGCAAGGGCCGGUGACACUAGAGACGCUGGCCUAAUGCACAUUAUACCUCAGCACUGGCUGCCGGGCAGUGUCUGUCGCCAAUAGAGAGUGCUGCUCAGGCGAGUAAGAAUCCCUGCGAGCACGUCCGGCAGGCCCGUGCGCGCUGUGGAUCAGCUCUCAGCCUCGAGUCCGGGCUUGGCGGAGCUCCUCGCGUGCAGUGCCAGACAUGAGCAGACGACCGCGAGGAAGGUGAAUCCUGCCUC